AUGAGUUUGUCAAGGAAUUCCUCAAGCUCCAGCCUCUCGUCGUUGGCGACUGAGGAUUUGAGAGAGGAGGAAAUGCCCGACUCGGACAUGUCACAAUUGUCCAGGACCUCAUCGAGCGCUACAAUACGCUCUAUAACCUCGGACCAACUCCAUGUGGAGGCGGACAAUGAUACGGAGGGGGAAGACGAUACAGAAGUGGAAAAUGACACGGAAAUGGAAAAUGACUCGGAGAUAGAGGAUGAUACUGAGGUCGAGGAUGACACCGAGGUCGAGGAUGACCCGGAAGACAUGAAUUCGAGCGAAGAUCCCUCAACACCUGGCCCAUCUUCGCAGUCUGAGGCCUCCUCCCAGUCGUCCCCUCCUCCAAGCGAAUCAGAAGAUGAGGACGAGGACGAAGUGGAAGAGGAUACCAAUGAGCUGAUAAACGCUCACAUAUUUCCACCUCGAUCGGAGCGGCUGUGUUGUCCCACCUGUGACAACUUUGUCGAUGUUUUCUUGACCGUUCGAAUAGGCGAUCGUAACGCGGAAGCCGUUAAUGCCUGCAUAGAUACCGGUUGUCCAGUCACCACAAUCAGCAGACAGUUUCUUCUUGACUAUAUGCCAGACGCCCUCUUAACCAAGACGACACACCCGGUUCCGAGCAGUGGUAUACAAGGAGGCGUGUCGUGGUUCAACCACGAGUGGAAAGAGCUCAAACUCUAUAUCAGGGGCAAUCUCGGCAACGGUCAGAAGCGAACACUCGCACUUCCGGUGGAUGUCGUGGUGGAUCCUGAGAUGGAUGAGAACAUCAGGCUCCUGAUCGGGGCAGACAUUAUACUUGGACAUCGAGGUGUUGUGGAUAUGAAUCAGGGUUUUCUGCGCUUUCAUAAGUGGAAGAAUUUUCGGGCGCCGAUUCGGUGCGAGGCGUCGGAACAUAACCCAGCAUUGGAAAGAUUAGUUGAUUACAUCGAGCCAUGA